UACAUCCGUAUGUCUCUUUCUAUCGCUCUAUCUGCCCCUCUCAUAAAUACACUCUAUAUCUCUAUCGUUCUCUCUCUCUUUCUCCAUGUAUAAUAUGGUAGCUAUUUCCCGGCACUUCAUUCUUGAACGAUUUCAUUAACUCUCUGCUUCGCGGUGCUAUCCUAUCUAAAUCUAUUUUGUUAACCCCAUACCAAAAGCUAUCAUCUUUUGUGCUAACUGAACAGUCCAUUACAACCUCUUGAAGAAGUGUUUCCACUAGAAAGUCUACUUCCAGCCAUCUGUUGAGGCUGCAGAGUUUUCAACCAACACAACAUUCAUCAAUCGCACCAGAAUUUCCUCUUAUGCAAAUAGAAGUCUUCAUAGCUAUUUUGCGUCAUUUAGGAAGAAUCCUGACAGCAACAAGCAUUCAAAUUGUCCAAAGAAAAUAUAUCUACAUUACAUUUGUUCUACAAUUUGUAAACAGAGGCCUGUGAAAUCUGAGACCAGAAACAGAACUGUUAUAGUUUAACUCAAACAUUUAUCAGGUUUUUAAAACUUCCUCAAGAAUUAAUAUGGAGAAUGUUAAUCACUUGGACACUCCAGACACUAAUGUUUUUAAUGAGAGAGACACAGACAGAGAUGAGAAAGCUGUACCUAGUGAAACAUUUAUCAAACAAGAGCCAUUGUACAGGGAUAUUCCUGAAUUUAGCUGUGAGAUUUGUAAGGAAACUUUCUCUUCAGAACAAGAAGUCUUAACACACAAAGAAAUGCAUUCUGGAGAAAAACAGUUUCAGUGUGGAAUGUGUGAGAAAUCUUUCAGCGAAAAUUCUCAUCUUGUUAUCCACAUACGUAGUCACACCAGAGGAAAACCAUUUAACUGUCAGAUCUGUGAGAAGUCGUUCGGUAGCAGGUCUCAUCUUGCAGCUCAUGUACGAAUACAUACUGGAGCGAAAUCAUUUUACUGUGAUAUAUGUGGCAAAUCUUUUAUAACUAACAGCCACUUGAAAAGACAUAAACAGAUACAUGGAGGAGAUAAACUGCAUCAGUGUGAAGUCUGUGGGAAGACAUAUAAUGAUAAUUCACAGUUGAUAAUUCAUAAACGUAGUCACAUUGUAGAAAAGCCAUAUCAUUGUGAUAAAUGUAACAAAUCUUUUGAUAAAAAGAUUAAUUUAACAGAGCAUGAGAGAUUUCACACUGGGGAAAAACCAUUUCACUGCGAAAUAUGUGGGAAAUCCUUCGCUAAUAAUUCUAGUCUUGCUGUUCACAAAAAAGUCCACUCGGGGGAAAAACCAUUUCACUGUCAGAUCUGUGAGAAAUCCUUCAGUAAUAGGUCUUAUCUUGCAGUUCAUGUGCAAAUACAUACAGGGGAGAAACCAUUUUACUGUGAUAUAUGUGGAAAAUCUUUUAUUACUAACAGUCAUCUAAAAAGACAUAAACAGAUACACGGAGAAAAUAAACUGCAUCAAUGUGAACUGUGUGGGAGGAAAUAUAUUGAUUAUUCACAACUGAUCAUUCACAGGCGUAGACACAAUGGAGAAAAGCCCUAUCAUUGUGAAAUAUGUGAGAAAUCUUUUGGUAAAAAGAGUAAUUUAACAGAGCAUGUCAGAAUUCAUACAGGUGAAAGCCCAUUUCACUGUGAAAUUUGUGGGAAAUCUUUUACCAAAAAUUCCCAUCUUGUAGUUCACGAACGAAUUCACACUGGGGAGAAACCUUAUCAGUGUGAAAUCUGUGGGAAGGCUUUUGUUUCUAAAAGUGAUCUAAACAGACAUAAAAAGAUUCAUACAAGGCAAAAGACAUAUAAAUGUGAAAUAUGUGAUGAAUAUUUUGUCUGUAAUCGUUAUUUAACAAAUCACAAACGAAUACACGCUGGUGAAAGCAUCUUUCAUUGUGAAAUCUGUGAGAAAUCAUUUACCACUGAGAGUCUUUUAAAAAAACACAAACAAAUACACUCUGGAGAGAAAUCUGUUGAAGAGGAGACUUGAAAAAUUGUUCUGUUUAUCUUUUACAUGCUUCAGUUAUUAGACUGCUGCCAUACUGGAGCAACACCUUCAAGAAUCUUAGUUGAACAAAUCGACCUCAGUGCUAUUUUUUGUUAACCGUGGUACUUAUGUUGGUCUCCUUUUGCUGAACCACUAAGUUAUGGAGAUAUGAACACACCAACACCAAUUGUCAAGAAGUGGUGAUGGGACAGACACACACACAUGCAUAUAUAUAUAUAUA